AUGCCUUCUCUAAUUCCAACCAUCGUUUUCGUCCCAGGAGCAUGGCAUGAACCGACAAUUUUCAAUGAUGUACGGGCCGAACUGGGCAACCUCAAGUUCCCUACCGUUGCCAUAGCCAACCCAUCAGUCGGAAGUACCUCUCAGCCGUUAAAAAACUUGACUGACGAUGUUUCGAACCUGCACUCGGUGAUCAUGGAACUUGUCAACUCGGGCGACAUGGUGGUGGUGGUGGCACAUUCCUAUGGGGGUGUUGUUGCCUCAGGGGCAGCACAGGACUUGGCUUUUGCUCAGAGAGCGGCGGCGGGACAAAAGGGCGGGAUUAUUAUGAUGGUUUACUUGGCCGCCUUUGCUAUUCCCGCUGGGGAGACGCUGUUAGGAGCUGCAGGAGGGGUUCCGCCGUCUUGGUGGGAACAGGAGGGUGACCAAAUCUAUGCUAAUAAUCCAAUCAUCUCCGACCCAGCCUACCAUUUUUACAAUGAUCUACCUUCUAACGUACAGGAUUAUUGGAUCUCUCGGCUUCUUCCAUUGGCAGCAGCAGACGUGACAAUCCCGGCGAUAUACGAACCGUGGAAAGACAUGCCAUGCACGUACGUUUUUACAGAGCAGGAUAACGCCAUUGCGCCCGUCGUGCAGCAAGCUAUGGCCGCGGGUAUGGGAAAAAUCACUACCGCAACUUUGAACGCAUCGCAUUCUCCGUUUCUGAGUAUGCCAAAUAAGGUUGUUGAGGUUAUACAGCAGGCUGCGAAGGAAGGAGUGCGGGUUGCCCUAGGAUAG